UGAAAUGAGCUAAAUCUUGCUCUUAUCUUUCUAGUAUCGCUUGAUUCUCUUGAUCGCUCAUGCCUUCAUCUUUCGUCUUUGAUUCUUUCCUUUUUUUCCUAAUCUAAUCUCUAUUCUUAGAGAUCUAAAGCUGUCUACUACGAAUUAUGUUAACUCAGGUGUAUGCAUCUUCGAGAUUUAUGUGGAAGAUCGAUAACGUUUCAAAAUUAGACAUUCUUGACGGAUUAGACUCUGAUGUUUUUGUCGUCGGUGGCAGAACAUGGAAAGCACAGAUUUAUCCUACAGACUCCUUAUUGGUGUCCCUUGUCCCUGCUGAGCCUGACUCCAUCAUAUUUCCAGAGGAUGCAGUUAAGUUCAGCGUUACCAUUAAUAGCCAAACAAAUGGCCUUGACACAAUGAGAUCUGAACUGGAAAAUGCUUUCGCUGAACAAUCUUAUUCGGGUUAUGGUUCAUCAUUGGCAUUCCCUUUUAGUGAACUUCAUGACUCUAGUAAAGGAUAUAUCUUGAAUGAUAGCUGCGUCAUCGAAUUUGAGGUUUCGUGCAGUGUGAACAAGGAGUCGAUGGGUAGUGAUAAUGAAAAGAGUGACCCGGACAGUGGUUCAGAAUCGGUGUCUAAUUUGCAAACAGAUCCUAGUACUAGUAGUAGUGUACACAGAGAGGAGCAUUCUGGUCAACCCAGCAAAGGUGUGUUUUUUUUGUGAAUCUGGGGAAUAUGUAGACAAUGGAGGCUUCGGUAUUCUGAAAACACAAGCCUCGUUGUAUAAACAGAUUUGAGCUAAAUGUGGUCCAAAGUCUGGCCUAUCUCGUGUGAUUCUGUCACAGUUAUGGUUGUCAGAGACUUGAUCUGUUCUGUGAUUGAUUGAUAUGCACCAAUGCCGUUUUAUGGACUUGUCUACUGAAAUGAUUUGAUGUUUGGGAAAAGAAGACAAAGAUGGCUGAGAAAUUUGAAUUUCACAUCAGCUGGUUUCGAGAACGAUUUGAGAUUGUGAAAAGAGGUGUUUGUGGGAUGAGUUGCUGGAACUUAGUCAGCCUUUGCAUGCUGCGAAAUCAAAGUUGAACAAGGGAGGGUGAGUUGAAGGAGGCAGAGGAUCAAUUGAUCGCAGCAAAGAAUUAUGUGCAGGAGAAUGCAUCUGGAUUAUAGAAUACUUUCGGAAUCAGAUAUGGAAAUGUAUCUCGAAAUGGGCGAAAAUCUAUUGUUUGAUGGAAUGUUCUGAAAUUUGAUACAACUAGGUCCUAAUAUUUGCAAGUCCAUAUAUAUAUCUCUUGUUUUGAACCGUUGUUUAGUCAUGGUCUUGCUAUAGAAACUCACACACUUUGUUGUAAUUCAAGUCUCAGAUGAAUUAAUCAUCACACAAGUAAUACUCAAUAGAUUU